AUGGAGAUCCCUGAGCUGAGGACGGAUCAACGCGUCGGAGCGCGUCCCAAGUCAGGGCGUGCAGAUCCAUCAUGCCUAGCCGAACGUGUAAACCCCAUUAUCAACUGGUCAUACACCAACGUCUGGGAGUUCCUACCUAGCCCAGCUGCCAGGCAUGCCAGGCGCGACGGCCGCCGAGGAGCUCAAAACCUGAUUACAGAACGUACUCAGAUUCGUGAAAGCCACCAAAAGAUUCGUAGAGACCUGUGGAGACACAGGUAG